AUGCAAACCAAUCCCCUGCCCCUGUGCACCCUAAUUGCGAUAGUAUCAGAGGCGACUCUCACGAAUCUAGAACUUACAGCCUUCUUCUGCGAGGCAUAUACCGACUGCAUUGAGCUUCUCCGCGCCAUCCAACCUGUCCGUCCACUCAACUCCCUUCAAGCAACGCAAUCGCGAAGCUCUCGAUACCAAGCUCUCUGUGGUCUUAGACUUCCGCAUUACAGGACUGACGCCCUGCGGUGCGGUCCUUCGUCCUGGGGUUCGAAUGUCGAAUAUAUGCAACCUCUAAAUCCCUUCCUUUGUGCCUUCUUCAAGAGCAACCUUCCAACACAGUGUACCCCAGUCCAUCAUCAUAUUCUGUUAGUGCCUACAACAGAUGUCCUCCUUACCUCCCGCGAUCGCGAGUCUGGCGCUCUGUACUCAGAUCUUGCUGGAUCUGAAGAUUUCCUCGGGAGCCAUGUCUUGCGAUUACCAACGAACCAUGCUACCGCGGCGGGAGGGAAGGAUUUGCCUAAUUUGCGCGAGAACAGAGGGAAGGCCAAGCAAUAUACAACUGUCAAUGGUAGAACGGUAGUGGUCAAGGAUGCCUAUGUCUAUAGUAAUAAGGGCUUCAAGACUCUAAAUCAGGCCCAACUUUUGUCGGAUACGAUAUGGUACCCGGACUCUUUAGAACCAAGGCAAUGGUUGGUCUAUUACAUAUCGCGGCCUUUAUUGGGGUUGUUCGAGGAGAUCAAGACUAUACCGGCCAUUAUUCCAAUGCGUCUACCGAACGGCAAGCCAGCUCACCUUGUCAAAGCCGAACCUCAAGAUGAGCCUGGGGAAUCUGCAAAUCCUCUGCCAAAGAAAAAGGAUAUCAAAAGCUUCAACGAUCUUCUCAAUAAUUUCCCAAUGAUUGCUAGACAGAUGCAACCCGGGCUGGAGCGUAUGUUCAAAGAAUUUAACGGUGUCUUUGAUAAGCCACUGCCGCCUCCACCCUCUGCAUCAAAUAUUCCCGACCCGGUGCCAGAGGGUCCUAUUGCCAAGGCGAUGAAGAGAGCAAGAUCCAAUAGCACGAACUCAGCGCCAGGUUUCCGAUCAAAUGGUCAUGUCGAGCUCCGUGUAGUGGAGGACUUCUUUGCGGAAGAUGACGACGAUGUUAUGCGUGGCGCCUUGGAGACUGCUGUAACAGCCGCUAUCGAUCUCUUCCAAAUGGUUGACAAGCAGCAGUUGUCCCUUCUAGGAGCUACUACAGAUCUGACGGGGCCUGUUGUCGAGCGAUUGAUUGAACGUUAUGUGACAGAACAAGUGCAUGACACAGUUCUCUAUCCUAGACUAUGUGCCCUGAAGAGACCGGAAGAUAUUGAACUGGAGUCUAAGAUUAGGCAAAUGGAAUUCGUCGACAUUUCGCAAGUUGGCAUCUCAAUACAAGGAGGUCAAAGGGGCAAGCAUGAGUUGAAUUUGCGAUUAGGCCGGGCCGUAGAAGAAUUUCGAAAACUCGGCGUGGCUGGGAGUCCUCAGCAAAUGAUGGACGUAUUACUUUUGACCUUAAAAACCGUCACACAGCUUACGGAACCGCCAAGGGAAUCUAUGAACGGCUCGAUCUCCGAAAAAUCUGGCACAGUCCUUACAAUUAAUGCUGAUACACUGGUAUCUUUGCUUUUAAUUGUUGUGAUUAGGUCUCAAGUCCGGUAUCUCCAGGCCCGUUUGCUUUACAUGCGCCAUUUCAUCUUUAUUGAUGAUGUUGAAAGUGGAGAGAUGGGAUACGCAUUGAGUACAUUUGAAGCAGUCUUGUCAUAUCUUGCCCGAGACUCUGGAGGAUUACGAAAAGCUAGUCGACGUAACUACAAGUUAUGGGAGGCGUCAAAGAAAGGCAAAGUCAAGGAUAUGAUGAGUAUCAUGGAGCCGGAUCGAGACCAAUCAUCAGAUGAAGAUGAUGAACAAGAGCCUAUCAUCGAAGACGUAAUCGAUGAAGAUACUCCAUGGAGUGGUGUGAAUGGCCAUUCCAGGCGUUCCUCAAGAAGCAGUGGCAGGUUCUCACAAGCAUCAACGUUGAAUCACGUUUUCCCUUUUCAAAUUCAGCAUGAAGAUGAUGAGGAGGAUGAAGAACGAAUACCACCACUACGACGACCGAAAACUGUCACAAUGGAUACCCGAAGCAUGUCGAGCAGCUCGGAAAUGUCAUUUCGCUCGAGGGCUACGACUAUCGAUUCUAUGACGAGCGGGAUUGAAGGAGAUACAUCCAUUGAACGCCUUUCCCAAACUCAAGAUUCUUUUGGAGAAUCGGUCCCGAUGAUGGCUAUUCAGAAUGAACGUCCUGAAUCUCUGAAGUAUAUACUGUCUCUCCACGAGUAUUAUCCACCAUAUGUAGUUCUUGAGGAUUCAAACAAUGAAGGCACAACUCUGCUCAGCGCUGCCGUGCAGCUAGGACACACUGAGCUGAUUGAUAUCAUCCUGGACUUUGUUUACCACUCUGGACCUGAGUCAGUCGUUAGAGAUUACCUGGCAAAACAAGACAUCAGAGGAAGAAGCGUUGCUCACUAUUUAUUUAAUGCACCCGCGUUAAUAUCGAGAGUGGGUCGAUUACUUCCUUGGCGGCAAAAGGAUAGAAAUGGUCAAACUCCUCUAUUUGCCCUCUGUCGGUCUUACGACCACGGAACUUAUCGCUCGAUGGUUGAAGCCGCUUUGGUCGCUGCAACAAGCGCCCAAGGAGAUGAUGAACCUUUACAUCUCGAUGACCAUAUCGAUGCGAAAGGCAACACUCUGUUGCAUAUCGUCAAUGACACUCAGAUUGCGCUCCGGAUUUUGCUUCAGUGCGAUUGCGACGUCAACGCUACCAACGACAAGAAAUUUACGCCUUUGAUGGUAGCCAGCAAAUAUGGAAGACUCGAGAUGGUGAGAGCUCUCUUUGGGGAUCCGAGAGUCGACCUUUUUGCAAAGGAACUACGAGGUCUCACAGCUGUUGAGCUGGCCAAAGAUGAUGAUGUGAGAAAUCGAAUCGAUGAUCUUAUUCUAUUUUCAGGACAGCCUGCGGCUGAUGGACGGAUCACAGCAGUAGUCCGGUCAUUCUUUGUCGAAGAUGGCACAAUUCGUCUUGUCGUUAAAUCGGGAGCUCCUUCUCAGAACGCGAGCUUCACAGUCACAACGUGCCGAAGGUCGCUUGCCGAUUUUGAGCACUUAGCAAAAUUACUGGCACUCGAGAACCCAGCUUCUUGGCUACCGUCAAUCUCUGGAAUGCGUUCUCCUUUUCAAUUUCCAUCAAAGCCAUCUAGAGCGGUUCUCAGAGACAUUCAGAUCCGGUUGAAUGGAUUUCUGAAAAUCCUUCUUUCCCACUCUACAUUUUCAACACAUGAGAUGUUGUGGGAAUUCUUCCUUGUACCUGAUAUCCAAGCAGAUAUGAUGGAGCAGCGCAGCAAGCUCAAAGCGGAGACAAGAAUUGAAAAGGUAAGGGAAGAGUUUGAGCCCGUUGAUGAUUUGCGGGAUGUAGAGCAGUUCGUGGAUCAUGCUAGGGAUAUGGUCCGAAGUGUCAACUACUCUACCAAGAGUGUUGCGCGAAGGACCAAUAUGAUGCGAGUCGUCACUACUGAUCUGUAUGACGCUGUAGGCAUAGCAUCCAAAGCGAUUUCAACCCUCGAGUCCCUCCCACAAACACAUGUCUCUGCUCUAGAUGCCUACGUCAAGACCCUUGCACCAUCAUCCUCAUCGCCAUACACGACCUUUCACGCUACUAUGCUCUCAAUACACAGUACCAUCAUCGCCAUGCUACUUUCUCUCUCCCGGCCUACGUCAUUGAUAACAUCAAUCAAUGUCUCUCAAAAACUUAUCGAGCGUUCGUAUAAUUCGCUAUCGAGGUCCACCCGUUGGCCGUUAGGUCUACUCGAUGAAACGCGCCAGCGACUGAACGAAGAAAAAGAAGAGAAGGUUAGAAAAACCAAAGAGGAAGCCCAUGAAUUAGGCAAAGAAUUGAGGUACACACAACAGGUUGUUGCGUCGGAACUUGCGGGGUGGCAAGACUUACACGAGAAGAUGGGACGGAAAGCUGUGCAAGAUCUUGCGAGAGGAAUGCUGACUAAGGAGCAAACGGCCUUGGAGGGAAUGAAAAGGGCGAUGAGGAAGUUGAAAGUCCAGCUUGUGAUGGCCUCAGCACCGAAGCCAAAUAUGGAUGCUGAGGUCAACGGUAGUAUCGAGGCUGAACUACCAAAUGUCGGUGUUAGUGGGUCUUCUUCAGGAGCAUAA